AGCACCGCUCGUCCGCUUCGCACUAUGCCGUCACCAAUCCCUGUUGAGCGGUUCUUUCCCCGGGACCUGUCCCCGUCCAUAGACCUUCGCCCUUGCAGCAGCCCUCUGGAGUUAAGCCGCCACAAGCCGGGCAGUCGCCCCUUCUCAGUGAGCCGUCGACUCGCCGCCUCCCUCCUUCCUCCUCGCUUGGCCUGGUGCAGCAUUGACUGGGAGCAGGUCCGGCUGCUGGAGCCGCUGGGCUCGGGGGGAUUCGGCUCCGUGUACCGGGCAAUCUAUCAGGGCCAAACGGUGGCGCUAAAGAAAGUGAAGCCCUGCACCAAGAACCGGCUGGCCUCACGCCAGAGCUUCUGGGCCGAGCUGAACGCCGCCCGCCUGCGUCACCCUCACAUCGUGCAGGUCCUGGCUGCCAGCACGUCGUGCCCAGGGGACCCCGGCAGCCCCGGCACCAUCAUCAUGGAGUACGCCGGCAGCUGCACCUUGCACCGCCGCAUCUACGGCCGUGGCCCCCGGCUGGGCAAGGAGUGCUGUCUGAAGUACGCGCGGCAUGUGGCGGACGGGCUGUUCUUUCUGCACCGGGGCGGCCUCGUACACCUAGACCUGAAGCCGGCUAACGUGCUUCUGGCCCCGGGAGACCUGUGCAAGAUCGGGGACUUCGGCUGUUCGCAGAGGGUGCGCGGAGGAGAGGAUGGAGAGGAGCCCUGCUGCAACCAGCUGAGGCACGUCGGGGGUACCUACACCCACCGGGCCCCGGAGCUGUUAAGGGGGGAGCCCGUCACCGUCAAGGCUGAUAUCUAUUCGUUCGCCGUCACUCUGUGGCAGAUGGUGACCCGGGAGCUGCCCUACACCGGGGAUCGACAGUGCGUGCUCUACGCUGUGGUGGCCUAUGACCUGAGGCCGGAGAUUGGGCAGGCGUUCCGGUGCACCGAGGAGGGCAGGUUCUCCCGGGAAAUAGUGGAGAGCUGCUGGGCGGCGCGGCCGGAGCAGAGACCCAGCGCUGAGCAGCUGCUGCAGAGACUCAACGCUGUGCAGUGUGACCCGGACUGCGUGGAGCCUGUGCUGGGAUCUGACCCGGACUCUGUGCACUGGCAGGAUAACUUGGAUCAUAUGCAGGAAUCUGACCCGGACUCUGUUCCUUCACUACCCAAGACAGAUUUCUUGGAUCCUGGUCAGGGAUCUUGUCCAGAUCAUCAGCAUCCACCUGCCGGGACAGAUCGCCCGGGUUAUUUGCAGGAGAGAUGGGACUGUGUGGUUAACAAGUACAAAGGUUCUGGUUGUGUGGAACCACAGCUGAGAAUCCUCUAGAGAGCUACUAGAUGUCUCCUUUAUGAUCUUCUACCUUGAGUGAUGCUUCUCACAUCGUUGUUGGAAAGCUGUUGCUGGCCAUCAUACUGAAGACUCUGUACACUAAAUGGGUCACUUCAGUUACUAGUCUGCCAAGUGGGUGACUCGAUGUCACAUGUAUUAGGUUUCCAGGAUUCUUCAAUGGAUGCUUCAGACAUUCUAAGUCAACCUGGAAUCUCCAGUUGGGGAUAAGUUCACCUGUGGAUGUUUAAUCAUGACCCCAUAUCAAACAAAAGCACUUCUCAUCCCUUUGCUGUGGUUUAUGUAUGUUUUUCUAUGUAUGCUGUGGGUGAACUAAGCAUUGUGUGUCUUGUUUUGUUGGGUUAAGUGCAAUAACAUUGUUUCAUGCGACCAUAAACAUGCAGCUUUGGGACCCACCAAACGUUCAACUAAGAUAGUGGUUAUUGGGUUAUUUUGGGUUGUUCUUGAAAAAUGUUGUGUGGUUCAAAGCGAUGUUCUCUGGUGGUAGUGUCGUUGUCUCGUACAAACAAAGCACAGUGGCCUUCUGUUGUGCAUAGGAUUAGCAUUGUGUUUCAUUUAGGUCUUGGCAUUCUAAUAAAAUAGGACAAAUUCCCCAUAGUGACAGACAGGAGGGCUUUAGAGAAUAGCCCCAUACAUGCUA